CCUCUUAAUAUCUGUGUUUUUCAUAACCCUAAAUAUCGCAUUCUCGUACGGAAUUAAAUCAAAUCACCCUCCUUCUUUCUCUCUCUUCCCAAAUCCCUAAUCAACCAAUUAAUCCCUCUUUGAAGAAGGCUUUUGCCGGAGAUUUAAUGCGGAAAGAUGAAAGGUCCAUCGCUUUUUAACCCCUAUGUUCGUGGUGGUAUUGCCCAGAAAAACCAUCAUGUUCUUGGCGGUAGGCACUGGCACCGUAAAUACGUCGAAGACGGCUAGUUUUCGUUUUUUGUUCUUCAACGUCUUGUGAAUUCCAAUCUCUUUCUCUCUCUCUCUAUCCAAUUUUUGUUGUUCUUUCUGGGUUAUUUGAAUUUGUAGACGGGUCUAAGAAAAAUCUGAUAGAUUUUGUAAAUUUUUCGAUCCCCAAACAUGAUGGGGGGAUUGAUGUUAGCUGUUAAGGAUAUGAAGGGUUCGAGCGAUCAAGCUCAGCCCCCGAAACAAUACUGUAAGAUGGUGAUGCAUGGGAAGUAUGAGCUUGGAAGGGUUUUGGGUCAAGGUACUUUCGCACGCGUUUAUUAUGCACGCAACGUUGAGACAGGGAAGAGCGUCGCAAUGAAAGUAAUUGGGAAGGAAAAGGUUGUUCGUGCGAAGAUGAUGGAUCAAAUGAAGAGAGAAAUUAGCGUGAUGAAGAGAUUAAAACACCCGAAUAUUGUUGAGCUUUAUGAGGUUAUGGCUACCAAAUCUAAGAUCUUCUUGGCUAUGGAGCUCGUCCGCGGCGGCGAGCUCCAUACGAAGGUGUCAAAGGAAGGGAAAUUGGAGGAAGAUUUGGCAAGAUCAUACUUCAAACAGCUAAUUUCUGCUGUUGAUUAUUGCCAUAGUCGUGGUGUUUUCCACCGUGACUUGAAGCUGGAAAAUCUUUUACUUGAUCAAGAUGGAAAUGUGAAGGUAACUGAUUUUGGGUUAAGUGCUUUGUUUGAGGAAAAGGGGGAGAAUGAGCAAGUAAUGUUGAGGACCUGUUGUGGGACACCGCACUAUGUAGCGCCUGAAAUAGUGUCCAAGAAAGGUCAAGGCUAUGAUGGUGCAAAGGCUGAUAUUUGGUCUUGUGGUAUCAUUUUAUAUGUUCUUCUUGCUGGGUACCUCCCAUUUCAUGAUGAAAAUGUUGUCCAAUUAUACCGUAAGGUUAACAAUGGCGAUUUCACUUGCCCAACAUGGUUUUCCUCUGAAGCUAAAGAUUUGAUCAUCAGAAUGUUGGACCCGAAUCCUUCAACUCGGAUCACAGUAUCCGAAAUCAUGGAAUCAAGCUGGUGGAAUUUUGAUGUUACUGUAAACUCAUAUGAACAAGAAACUGAUGCUUCAUCCUUUGUUAAGAAGGAACUAGAAGCCUUGAAUGCAUUCCAUAUCAUAUCAAUGUCAGAAGGGUUAGACCUGUCUCCACUCUUCUUAGAAUCAAAGAAGAAGAGAGAGGAGAGGGAAGAGAUAGGAUUCACAACAACAAUCUCAACAAAUGAAAUGAUUUCUAGGCUGGAAGAAGCAGCAGCCAAGAUGGGUAAGUUCAAGAUCAGCAAGGUAGGGGAUUCAGUGGUGAGAUUGCAGAGUCUUGAAAAGGGAAGGAAAGGUAAACUGGUAAUUGAAGUGGAGCUUUUUACAGUUUCAUCAUCCUUUUUAAUGGUGGAAGUUAAUAAGGAUAAUGGUGAUACGCUUGAGUUUAACCAGUUUUGCAACAACUUCCUUCGCCCUGUUCUUAUGGAUGUUGUGGUUUGGACUACUCCAUCUGAAUUCACCAACUCACCUGCCCCUUAUGCUGUCUUGUGCUAAAAUUUUGUAUAAAACCCCUUUGGUUUUAGAAUUUGACAUGUUUUCUUUCAUAUAUAUAUAUAUAUA